GGAGACAAGGGACCGAUUCUGUAUAAAGCCGUAAUAUGUAACAUUUCCAGGCUUACAAUAUUUCUCAUUUCCGUCUGCAUCUGUUUGACAACAUCGCACACGUGGACGAAGGACAGCACGCCAUUUUCUGCACAUUAAGUACCACAAGGCAUUGCGUCUGAUGACUCUAGAGGAGUCCCCGUUGCUAAGGAGAAAGACUCACACAGUUCUAAUAGCAGAGCAGGAGGGAGAAAGCUGCAUUUUUAUCACAGCCAACGUUACUGCUGUCUAACCCCGCAGACAACGGCAAGAAGGAACAGAUAAAGUUUCGGGGACAAAACGAAUAUAUAUCGUGCGCGAGACAUGGAGGGCAAGCUGUCGCCAGCCGCCGGGACCUGGUAGAAAAACGCCAUGGCAGCGUCGACAGAAGCCCGCUCCUGGAACUCCCGCCUCGCGUGAGCGCUGUUGAUGGGCGUCCCUGUUACGUGACCGAGGAAGAGAACGCCGUCCCGGGAGGAUGAACCGCUACACAACGCUGAAGCAGCUGGGCGACGGCACGUACGGCAGCGUGCUGAUGGGCAAGAGCAACGAGUCCGGGGAGCUGGUGGCCAUCAAGAGAAUGAAGCGGAAAUUUUAUUCUUGGGAAGAAUGCAUGAACUUGAGAGAAGUCAAGUCACUGAAGAAGCUGAAUCAUGCCAAUGUUGUGAAAUUAAAGGAAGUUAUAAGGGAGAAUGACCACCUCUACUUUGUCUUUGAAUAUAUGAAAGAGAACCUUUAUCAGCUAAUGAAAGACAGGGAAAACAAGCUGUUCAGUGAGAAUGAGAUUAGGAACAUCAUGUUCCAGGUGCUGUCUGGCUUGGCCUUUGUGCACAAGCAUGGUUUUUUCCAUCGAGAUAUGAAACCCGAGAACCUGCUCUGCAUGGGCCCUGAGCUUGUGAAGAUCGCAGACUUUGGGCUGGCAAGGGAGAUCCGCUCUCGCCCCCCGUACACCGACUACGUCUCGACAAGAUGGUACCGAGCUCCAGAGGUGCUCCUCAGGUCCUCGGCCUACAGCUCGCCCAUUGACAUUUGGGCAGUGGGCUGCAUUAUGGCCGAGCUCUACACCCUCCGGCCCCUCUUCCCUGGAAACAGCGAGGUGGAUGAGAUCUUCAAGAUCUGCCAGGUGCUUGGGACAGUGAAGAAGACUGACUGGCCAGAAGGCUACCAGCUUGCUGCUGCAAUGAAUUUCCGGUUCCCGCAGUGUGUUCCAACCAACCUCAAAACACUUAUUCCAAAUGCCAGCAAUGAGGCCAUAUCACUGAUGAAGGACAUGUUGCAGUGGGACCCCAAGAAGAGACCCACUGCAGUCCAGGCCCUGAGGCACCCUUACUUCCAAGUAGGGCAGGUGCUGGGGCCUCCCUCCCAGCACCAGGACCAGCAGAGGGCCCCAGGGAAGCCGGCGCAUGCCGCCGAGCCCAAGCCCCUCUCCCUGUGCAAGUCGGACCUGCAGUCGUCCUCGGAGCCGGCGUUCAAGCUCCCGGCGGAGACCCCGGGCAAGGACUACCACCACCCCCUGCAGCAGAUCCCGCUGCCCCAGGCCUUCGCGAAGACCGCCCCGCAGGCCGAGGCUUACAAGCAGGAGCCGUUCGUGCGGCACAGCUUCAACAGCAACUCGCUGCCGAGACAUGCUCCUAUGGGAAAUGAGAACAGCCUGGUGGGGGUGAAGAGCGGGCGGAGGCGCUGGGGGCAGACCACGGUGAAAGCCUCAGACAGCUGGGACCAGUUCGAUGACUCGGACAUCAUGGGCGUGUCAUACUCCAAGAGACCCAGCAUAGGAUCUGUCAAGGAGAAAAUACGAGAGGAUCCCAUCUAUCGGGCUACUGACCCAAAACCCAUUAAUAUCUACAGUACUGUGACUAAGUUACCAAGCAAUACCAACAUAAACCGCAUGGACCCUGAGUCCUCAUCAGCCAAACAGCACUACUUACGACAAUCGAGAUACCUCCCUGGAGUGAACCCCAAGAGCACGCCCUUAGUGGGGCACAAGGAUCCAAGCAGAGAACGAUGGGACAAUGCUGCCCUUUUAAUGAAUAAACCACCCUCGCACAUCGGAGCUGGGCUGUCCAUUACGAGAGUGAAUGCAGGAAACUUUGUCACAAACUACCCCACCGGAGGUUAUAUUCCUUCUUUUCAUAAGAAAGAAGUUGGAUCUGCAGGACAGAGAAUCCAUCUUGCACCUCUAGGAGACCAAUCUGCAAUAGACCUUUCUCCCUCUGCUGAUCUUAGAAACGACAAAAUGAAUGCAUCAAAGCUAAAGUCUACUGACAAUAGAGGCUUUUUUGAAACCAAUGAAGAAUACGAAGGGUGGAAAAGCAAGGCAGCCAGACCUCAAAUCCCUGUAUCAGGUUUCGGGACGCUUGGGAAAAACUCUGGCAACCUUCUCUCCAGGGCGGCCCCUGUUCAGUCAGUGCAUGGGAGAAUAGACUGGGCAGCCAAAUACGGAAGCCAUCGGUAGCAUAGCCCACUGCUCACUUUAUUUAACCAUAGACAUUUCACACAAGUGAAAUACAGCCAAUAGAUUGCACUGUGUGGGAAAUACAUGUACGUUUGUGGGAGGACCUUUGCCUUGAUGCCUCCACGAAUUGUUCUUGUAACACUGUAUAUUCAGCUGAGUCCAUGGUCACAUCAGAACUUACUUUUUGUUCACGCUGAGAGAAUUUUUUAACAUAUGUGGCAAUACCAGUUAAACACCAUCUUGAUCCAACUGGCAUGAGCUCCAUGUCGGGGGCCACUUUCUGUUUUAUCAAGGUAGACUAGCUGUGGAGUUUAAAAUGGCCAUGUAAUCACAAGUAACUUUCACCUUUCAGCAUGAACUAUUCCACGACACACAUGCACACAACAACACACAACAGACAGCAGUUAUGAAACUUCAUCUACCCCCAGUUUAUAUGAAUUCUGAUGUUAACUGUGUCAUUAUUUGUGUUCAGCAUUCUGUUUCAUACACCUCUGUAUCCUACUAACAACG